AUGGUGCACAAAAGAGCCCCUGGCCAGGAUAAAAAGGCUAGACUAUGGAAACGGGCUAGGGCCCAUGAGGAAGGGUCAGAUACCGAUCGGAGUGCGGAGGCUGACUCAGAUGUGCUGGACUACGCCUCUUAUGAUGAGGUAGAGUCGGGUGAGGACUUACCACCUACGGGUGUGACCCCUUCUGAGACCCCCUACACUACACAGGGUCUUCUGGCUGGCUCUGCCGGGGAUGGUGCGGCACUAUUGGAUCCGCAGGGCAACCCCCUAUUCGACCCAGAUGGCCUAUGCCACCCCCGGUCGGCCGAGUGUGAACCCCUGGGGUAUAUCGCCCAAUAUGUUGCACGGCGCAUGCGCACCCCUCUGUCUAAGGAGGGCCGCAAUAAAUUGCGCGCUGAAUGUCCCAGGCCUUCCCUCCCAGGUUUGGCCUCCAAGACCCCAGAGGUUGACCCCCAGAUCUCCCAAUUUUUGAACAAAUCGGGCUGGAAAUCUAAAAAGGGCCUGGACUUUUCCCUAAAAGGGUGUCAGGAUAUGAUUUUGGAUACUCUGGGCCCUCUGUCUAAGCUAUACAAACUCCUGGAUGCUGCUAAAGCCGGUGACUCGGCCCUAGAUGUAGAUGUGGCCAUUGGAUGGGUCCAAUGUGCCAUUUGUCUCCUGGGGAAUGCGAACACCGCUAUGUCGGCUGAAAGACGUAAAGCGAUCUUGCUGAAAAUUGAUCCCAAGCUAACAACCAUGACAGUGGUGGAGCCAAGCUCAUCCAGCGAUGGGAUGUUGUUUGGUGAUACCUUCAUGAAGAACCUGGGGUCCUACGUUAAAACCUUUACAGCCAUUGAUAAAGCCCAGGCCAAUAUGAAGUGCGUGUUUGCACCUAAGGUUUUCGGAGGGGCCGGGCAUAGUAGGAACCGUCCACCUGGCCAUGGAUUCCGGGGCUCUUUCCGGGCCAGCAGAGGUUCCUUCUUCCCCUCCCGGUGA